CCGCUUGGCUUCUUCCAGGAACCCAGGAGAGCCUGGCAGAGAAGGAGCUCCAGUUACUUGUCAUGAUCAACCAGCUGUCCACGCUGCGGGACCAGCUCCUGACGGCCCACUCGGAGCAGAAGAACAUGGCUGCGAUGCUCUUCGAGAAACAGCAGCAGCAGAUGGAGCUGGCACGGCAGCAGCAAGAGCAGAUCGCCAAACAGCAGCAGCAGCUCAUCCAGCAGCAGCACAAAAUCAACCUGCUGCAGCAGCAGAUCCAGCAGGUCAACAUGCCCUAUGUCAUGAUUCCCGCCUUCACCCCCAGCCACCAGCCUCUCCCCGUCGCUCCCGACUCCCAGUUGGCGCUGCCCAUCCAGCCCAUCCCCUGCAAACCAGUGGAUUACCCGGUGCAGCUGCUGCACAGCCCCCCUCCUUCCACGCUGAAGAGACCCGCCGGCUCGGGCCACCUCCAGAUGCAGGAGACCUCGCAGCCGCUGAACCUGACGGCCAAACCCAAAGGCUCCGACCUCCCCAGUGCCUCCAGCUCGCCCAGUUUGAAAAGGGGCGCCUGCCAGUCCCUCACGCCGAGUCACGGGACCGCCAGGGACCUGCAGACCAGCCCGUCCAACCUGCCGCUGGGGUUCUUGGGCGAAGGCGAUGCCAUCACCAAAGCCAUCCAGGACGCGCGGCAGCUGCUGCAUGGCCACAGCGGGGCCAUGAGGGUGGAGGGGUCGCUGAGCAACGCCUACCGCAAGGACCACAUCGGGAUUGAUUCUUCCCCAGUGAAGGAGCGGAUGGAGGACACCCCUGCCCACCGGCCAGAUGAGGCUCUGUUGACCUGUGAGAUGGACGGCUCACGGCACUUCCCCGAGUCCAGGAACAACAACCACAUCAAGCGGCCCAUGAAUGCCUUCAUGGUGUGGGCGAAGGAUGAGAGGAGGAAGAUUUUGCAGGCCUUCCCGGACAUGCACAACUCCAGCAUCAGCAAGAUCCUGGGCUCGCGGUGGAAGUCCAUGACAAACCAGGAGAAGCAGCCCUACUACGAGGAGCAAGCCCGGCUGAGCCGGCAGCACCUGGAGAAAUACCCCGACUAUAAGUACAAGCCCCGACCCAAAC